GCCAAUUUGAAGACCAUCAAGAGACGGCGGACCAAAGUUGCAAAUUUGAAAUAUUUGCCUGGGCUAAAUUGCACAAUUGGAACUUUGGGUUUGAUUUGCGGGGGAAUUUCUGCACAUUCCAAAGUCUGGGUCUCGAACUGAAAGUAAGCAAAAGGUCAGGGAGUGGUUUUGAAAAUACUCCAAAUUCCACCAUUGUAGCGUUUAAUUGUUCUCCUCGCCAGAUUUGGUUGACGACGAUUCCGGCGGCUACGAUGGAGCAGAGACACGACAGUGAGGUUCCUGGCGCAUACCAGAGCACGCCACAAUGAAGACGGAGUUUGUGGUGGCUGAGCAAUUACCGAUUGCGAUGAAUGAGAAUUGAAGAUUGGAGAGCUUCACUGCGGGUUACGGACGCGACUUAGAGCAACCCGCGAGUUACGUACAGAUCCAUCUCAAUCCAGGUAAACUCAAAAGCGAUCUUAAAAGCCAAGCCAUCCCUGGGUACUCAUUGAUCUGGCUCCUCAUGUGGAAAACAACGACCAAGCUUCUGGUUCAGCUCCUCUCUACUUUUGAUUAUGCUAAAGAUAGCUAUGAAGAUGUCGAAUGGAUUGAUUCUUCGUUGGGAUGAAGUUGUCAGCUUACGUGUCUUAACCAAAUACUGAGUUGUAUAAAUGAAAUGUUUUGAUUGGUUUUACAAGUUUUUUCAGUUAAUGACAUGUAAGUCUCUCAAGACUCUAAAAGUCUGAUGUGUCAACACUUGGAGAGAACCUUCUGCUAUUAUUGUGUUAGAUUUGUACAUGCGAGACCUUUCCAUCCCAUAAUUGAAUAUUCAUACCAACUUGUUCGCUGGUUAUACAAUUUAAAAUAACAGGAAAGACCUUCAUUGCCUCCACAUCCAAGAAACCUAUUCAGAGCCUUCACAUGCUCUUAAUGGGCAAACCCAAUUAUAAAAUUGUAUUUGGGAGAAAGUGGAUCAGCAAUGGAUACUGUUCAUCUAAUCUCAUCCUCCCUCUUCAUCCAAUCCAAAGGAAGAAGAUAUACAUAUAACUCCAUAUCCUCCGUCAAGAGUCUCCAAAAACGCACCGUUUUGUCUGUCUCGUCUGUUCUCACCUCACAAGGCGGAGACAUGAUUCUACCAGAGGGAACAUGCAAUGAUCUCAACUUCACCUUUGACUUCAAGUCAUAUAUGAUACGUAAAGCCGAAUCUGUAAACGCAGCUCUAGACGUUUCUGUACCGCUUCUGAAACCCCUCACGAUCCAAGAGGCUGUGCGGUACUCAUUGCUAAGGGGUGGAAAACGUGUGAGGCCUCUGCUCUGCAUUGCUGCCAGUGCGGUGCCAACCCUCUCAGGGGCCGAGGAAAAUACGAUGACUUAACAUUAAAUUUUCACUAUAAAAAUUAUUUAUAAUCAAAAUAUUAUUUAUAUUGUAAUAUAAUAUAAAAUACUAAAGAAAAAUAAAAUAAAAUAACAUUAAAAUGAUUAUAGUAUUUAAAUGAUUUCACUUUUCGUUUUUUAUAAAGCAUUUUCUUUUUCUUUUUUAAGAUAUGUUCAAUAUCAUAAAAAAUUAUAAGGAAAACAAAAAACAAAAGGUAUUCUAAUUUAUAUAUGUUAAAAUAGGAUAAAGUAUGCUAACCAUCAAUAUUCACACCACUAAAUUAAAAAAAAAAUUAUUUUAAAUAGAAAUACAAUUUUUUGGUAGAAACAAAUUUGAGAAAACAAAAUUAACUAAAAAAACUUGAACUUGAACAAAUAAAAGGUUAUUUUCUUUUAUAUAAUUUCAACAAAAAAAAUAUUUUUUGUAAUUUUUUGGUUUUGAGUGCAAGUAGAAAACAUAAGUUUAAACAAUUUUCAAGGAUUUUUUUAAAAAUUUAGGACCCUAAUUUUUGUAAAUUAUGUGGGGACCUAAGGCUAAUGCCUUUUUGCUAACACUAUAGACACGCCUCUGAUUGCUGCAUGCGAGCUCGUGGGUGGCGACGAGGCUACAGCCAUGUCAGCCGCUUGUGCAGUGGAGAUGAUCCAUGUGAGCUCUCUUAUUCAUGACGACCUUCCCUGUAUGGACAAUGCAGACGUCCGCAGGGGCAAGCCUACCAACCACAAGGUAUGCUAUUAAAUCAUAAAAUGACUUAGAGAAAUGCUCACUAAUAAGUUAGAUGGGUUUUCAACCUAAAACAAACCAUAAAUCCAAUAUAUUAUUGAAGAACCUUUCUAACUUCGGACUUUGUCCAUGAUAUUCACAAAUGCUGAAUUUUUCAUUGGUGUUAAUGCAUGCUGACUAGUGUUGAACCAAAUUUUACUCAAACAAGGUAUUUGGAGAAGGCAUGGCGGUUUUGACGGGUGAUGCACUCCUUGCUUUGGCCUUUGAGAACAUGACGGUUGUGUCAAGUGGGUUGGUCUCUCCCGAGAGGACGGUCCGUGCGGUGAUUGAGCUUGCCAAGGCCAUAGGUACAAAAGGGCUAGUGGCAGGGCAAGUUAUUGACCUAAGCAGUGAAGGUUUAAAUCCAGAGGUCGCUGGAAUAGAGCGUCUAGAGUUCAUCCAUCUUCACAAAACGGCGGCGUUGUUGGAGGCAGCGGCGGUUAUAGGGGUUAUAAUGGGAGGUGGAACAGAUGAAGAGAUGGAGAAGCUUAGAAAGUAUGCGAGAUGUAUCGGCCUGUUGUUUCAAGUGGUUGAUGAUAUUCUUGACGUGACUAAAUCUACUGAGGAACUGGGUAAGAUCACCGGCAAAGACGCUAUCGCGGGAAAACUGACGUAUGAGGCGUGUCUAUAGUGUUAGCAAAAAGGCAUUAGCCUUAGGCCCCCACAUAAUUUACAAAAAUUAGGGUCUUAAAUUUUUUAAAAAAUCCUUGAAAAUUGUUUAAACUUAUGUUUUCUACUUGAACUCAAAACCAAAAAAUUACAAAAAAAUAAAAAAUUUUGUUUGAAAUUAUAUAAAAGAAAAUAACCUUUUAUUUGUUCAAGUUCAAGUUUUUUUAGUUAAUUUUGUUUUCUCAAAUUUGUUUCUACCAAAAAAUUGUAUUUCUAUUUAAAAUAAUUUAUUUAUUAAUUUAGUGGUGUGAAUAUUGAUGGUUAGCAUACUUUACCCUAUUUUAACAUAUAUAAAUUAGAAUGCCUUUUUUUUCCUUAUAAUUUUUAAGAUAUUGAACAUAUCUUAAAAAAGAAAAAGAAAAUGCUUUAUAAAAAACGAAAAGUGAAAUCAUUUAAAUACUAUAAUCAUUUUAAUGUUAUUUUAUUUUAUUUUUCUUUAGUAUUUUAUAUUAUAUUACAAUAUAAUUAAUAUUUUGAUUAUAAAUAAUUUUUAUAGUGAAAAUUUAAUGCUAAGUCAUCGUAUUUGCUUCGGGCCCCUGAGAGGGUUGGCACGGCACUGGACGUAUCCAAGGUUGCUUGGUUUGGAGAAAUCGAGGGAACUGGCGGAGAAACUGAGCAGAAAAGCGGAGGAACAGCUUCUAGGGUUUGAUUCGGAUAAGGUAGCACCUCUAGUGGCUCUGGCUAGCUACAUUGCCAGCAGAAACAAUUAAUUCUUUGCAGGAAGUGUAGUUGCGUGAGCUCGAUCUUUCGUCAUGUUUGUUUAUGUUUUCUCUUUAUGUUAUUAUAUCACAUGAAAGAAAAAGGUUAGCUGCUUUUCCUCCACUUCUCCUAGAUUACAGCUUCUCAUGUGUACAGAACCUAAAACUAAAAGUGAGACAGGUUACUUGUUUUUGUGUCAUUGUGUGAUAUGUUUUUAAAGUGAUCUUGUGUUAGUGGUGUCUGCUUGAAAAUUGAUAUUCGUCUCAUCAACAAUUGACUUCUAAGAAACAUUGGAUAAAAUGUGCUAGCUACACUGAACAGAUAUCUGUUUCCUUCUGCCGGGAUUAAAAGUGUUAUGAUCUAUAUUAAUUUUCAGCUAACCUAUAUCCGAACACCAUAUAUCUUUUUUUUUUUUGAAACACAACUUAUAUUAAUGUCGACUUAAGAGUUAGGUGAUAGCCAUUAAGACUUCACUAUCUACAAGACUCUGUCUUGCUAAUGAAUCAGCUUCAGAGUUCUUCUCUCUAGAGAUCCAAUGAAAGGAAAUAAACUCAAAAUGACAAGAUAGCUCAACAAUGUCGACCACAAUUCCGUACAGCUCCAAAGGGACUUCCACACCAUUAAGGGAUUUAAUCAACUGGGUAGAAUCAGAUUCGCACACCAGACUCAUCCUCCUAGAUCUUUUACACUCUGAUAUUGCUUCUCUCAUUGCCAUUCCUUCCGCUGGAUCCCGUCUGAUGUUUUAUUUUCCAACCUAGACCUGCCUGUUGAUUUGUCGCUCGCCAAGCCGCAUCAGUACGAAGUAGAGCACAGUUCUCCGGGUUGUUAGGUGUAGGUUGCUUCUUUGGUGUUGGUUUAGUGAUCUUCUCUUGGCUUCCAAUCCAUUCUCGCGCCAUCCUCAGAGCUUUGGUGAUUGUUUCCUCCUCCAUUAUAGUCUUGUUGAAACACAAACUGUUUGUUGAUAUCCAGAGCUGCCAUAAAAUCCACGGCGCCAAUUGCCCCUCAGAAACUCCUGUAGGAGGGAGACAAUUUCUUCUGCAUAAGUUCACCCAUACAGCCCUUAAAUCUAUAGAUCCACUCAAUUCCACCGCCGGCGUCACAGGGCGGCUCCCCAUACUCUUUGGGCAUAAGGGCAGUGGAGAAAGAGGUGAUUUAUAGAUUCAAGUGUACCACAUCUUUUGCAUCGAGUGUCGACAUUGAUGUUCCUAGCAGUAACCAACUCUCCAACAGGUAAGGCAUUCUGGAACACUUUCCAUAAGAAUAGUUUGAUCUUUGGUGCUGUGCGCAACUUCCAUACGCUCUUGAACCAAUCUAAGUUUUGGUGUUCAACUCUGAUAACCAUCUCUACUGUUUUGCUUUUGAUUGCAGUUUUAUAGCCUGAUUUGGUUGAAUAUUCACAUGUGGCUGUUCCUAGCCACACUCGUUAUCAGGAGCCCCCAUUAAGCUUGGUUUGAUCGCUUUACUCUUUGCUUCUAGCUGCAGAAACAUGUUGCGGAUUUUUUCCUCAUCCCAUUCAUUUGAACCCUGGCAGAAUAGAUCAGAUACCUUCAUGUUCAUGGCUGCCUCCGGCGCUGGUCCUAUCGGUCCUUCUUGCUAUGUUAAGCUCAACCAUGGGCUAUACCACGCCGUGAUGGAAGUUCCACUGCCAACUACACAUCCAAGGUUUUGAGCAAGUAGAUAUCUUCCUAUAAGUACCCCCUUCCAGCCAUGCGAUGAUGAAGACUUAUCAGUACACUCAAUGAAGCUCUCGUCUGAACAAUAUAUACCAAGUAAGACUCGCGGUAGUAGAAUAUCUGGAUUAUUCAUGAUUCUCCAGCUUAGUUUUCCAAGGAAUGCAUCAUUGAAAGCUUGGAAGUCCUGAAACCAAGGCCUCCGAUCUCCUUUGGCUGCGUCAUCGUAUCCCAUGAAGUCCAAGCCAUCUUUUUCUUUCCAUUCUGGUUGUCCCACCAAAUAUCUUAUUAAAUCCUGAUUUUUAGUCCGAUAUUUAAUACACUGUAUUAAAAAUAGUUUAAUUUUUAAAAAGUAAAGAAAUUUUCAGAAUGUAACCUUAGGAAGUGACAAUAUUUAUAUUAAAAAAAACUUUUAUUUUUUUAUUCGAUAUUUUUAACAACCAAAAAUUCCACUUUUAAAAUACUUGAUAUAAAUAUAAUGCUUAGUUACUAAGUGAAAUAUCUGGUAAGCCUUUUUUCAAUAUUAUGCAUAAUUCAUCUUUGCUGGAAGUCGAAACUA